GUCAAAGAUGCCCGGCCUUCCAGGUAAGAAUUGCUCUUGUCCCCCUAGCUGUGCAGCUUCUCUGACCUUGCCAUGCUGCUACAGCUUCCGUCGACCUCGACGAGUGCAUCUCACGCUUGUACAAGAGGGAACUUCUCGCCGAAUCCGUCAUCGAGGCCAUUUGCGCCAAAACGAAAGAGCUGCUGAUGCGCGAGAGCAACGUUGUCCACGUUCGCGCCCCCGUCACCGUCGUCGGCGAUAUUCAUGGCCAGUUCUACGACCUGAUCGAGAUCUUCAAAAUCGGUGGCUGGUGUCCAGACACCAAUUAUUUGUUUCUGGGCGACUACGUCGACCGCGGCAUGUUCAGUGUUGAAACGAUAUCUUUGCUUGUGUGCUUGAAACUUCGAUACCCCAAUCGCGUGCAUUUGAUCCGAGGCAACCAUGAGUCUCGCGGCGUCACUCAGUCCUAUGGCUUCUAUACCGAGUGUUCAAGAAAAUACGGAAAUGCCAAUGUGUGGCACUACUUCACUGACAUGUUUGAUUUUCUGACCUUGAGCGUGGUCAUCAACGAUAAGAUUUUUUGCGUCCACGGCGGCCUCUCCCCAUCCAUUCACUCCAUCGACCAAAUCGUCAUCAUCGAUCGUUUCCGAGAGAUUCCUCACGAAGGCCCCAUGGCCGAUCUAGUCUGGUCUGACCCAGAUCCCGAGCGCGACGAGUUCUCUCUCAGUCCACGUGGAGCUGGCUAUACUUUUGGCGCACAAGUGGUCAAGAAGUUCCUGGCUGUCAACAAUAUGGACCACAUUCUAAGAGCACACCAGCUGUGCCAGGAGGGCUUUCAAGUUUUAUAUGACGAUCGAUUGAGUACAGUAUGGAGUGCGCCCAACUACUGCUACCGAUGUGGAAAUAUGGCCAGUGUUCUGGAGGUCAGCGAUACCGGCGAGAGGUUUUUCAACGUCUUUGCUGCAGCACCAGAGAAUGACCAGCAUAAAGACAUGCAGCUGGGUGGUGGAGAGAAGCAGGCAGAUGGCAACUCCCUUCCCGAUUACUUUUUGUAGCGCGGCUGGAGUCUGCAUUCAAUGCCUAGACGUCCUUAGACGGGGAUGAUUUAUACAGGAGCAAGAAAAUGGGGUAUGGUCUGAGCCCAGGUUCAGGUGCAUCGCCAAGCUGUUCCUCAUAUACGGUCAUGAUCAGAAUGGCCAGGUGGAAGAGACCACCACGAUUAGAGUACAUUGAAAAGGUGUCAGUCACGUCUUACGCUUCAUGCCUCGGGACGAACCUAUAUACGAACAUUUGAUGAGGAUCCCAAGGGAUCUGUAUUUUUGGUAGCUUGGGCACAAGAGAUGAUGACCCAGCAGAACGAAAAAAAG